UUUUAAUCGAGUCGCCAAACGUGGCCUCCAGCUUGGAGGGUUUUAUGUGCGUCGCCGUUUUAGUGUGGCAAUAGAGACAGAGUAAGAGGGUUGUGGAUAUGGCGGAAACAGAGCGCACGAGGAGUGCAUGGAUGGGUUCAGAGCAGUCUUCGUCAGGAGUAGGAAUCAACGGAGGGGAUUUAUUAGUCGCCGAGCCGAUAAGAAACGAUAGAGACGGAACCGGAAUUAGUGCUUCGCAGCCUCCUUGUAACAAAACCGAUGGGAAUUUAGGGUUGGCGGAGAGAGCUUUCUCGGCCGCCGGCGCUGCCAUUUUGUCAGCUGUUAUUGUGAAUCCUCUUGAUGUUGUAAAGACAAGGUUGCAAGCACAGGCUGCUGGAGUUCUUUAUUCACAUCCGCUGAGUAAUCUAGUUGGUCGUAUGGCGUACUUCGGUCCAAAUAUGAUGUUUGCUGAUCUAAGGUGUUCUCCGUCGUGUACACGUGCUGGAGUUCAUGGUACUGUAUCAAUGUGCCCCCCUGAUUGUUUUCAUUACAAAGGAACAUUAGAUGUCUUCUACAAAAUCAUACGACAGGAAGGAAUUUCAAGGCUAUGGAGAGGAACCAAUGCAGGCUUAGCACUUGCUGUACCAACAGUGGGGAUCUAUCUACCUUGCUAUGAUAUAUUCCGCAACUGGUUAGAGGAGCUUACUGGCCAGCUUGCACCGAGUGCCACACCAUAUGCUCCCUUAGUUGCAGGUGCAUUGGCACGGUCUUUAGCUUGCACAACUUGCUACCCUAUUGAACUUGCUAGAACACGCAUGCAGGCAUUUAAAGAGACACAAAUUGCUAAGAAGCCUCCUGGUGUUCUGAAGACUCUGCUUGGAGUUCUGUCUCAUGUCAAGGGUGAAACUAAUCUUCAAAACAGUUUGCAAGGCUACCGCGUUUUAUGGACAGGCAUGGGAGCACAGCUUGCACGUGAUGUUCCAUUUUCGGCAAUCUGUUGGUCAACCCUUGAACCUAUGAGAAGAAGACUUCUUGGACUUGUCAGCGAGGAAUCUAAUGUUGUCAGUGUCCUUGCCGCUAAUUUUUCAGCUGGUUUUGUUGCUGGAAGUCUGGCUGGUGGUUUUACCUGUCCCCUAGAUGUUGCAAAAACCCGAAGGCAGAUAGAGAAAGAUCCUGCUAGAGCAUUGAGGAUGACGACACAGACAACACUGAUGGAGAUUUGGAGGGAUGGAGGGAUGAAGGGACUAUUUACAGGAGUCGGUCCUAGAGUUGCGAGAGCAGGUCCUUCGGUUGGGAUUGUUGUUUCAUUUUACGAAGUUGUGAAGUAUGUCCUACAUCGGCAAUACGGAACUUCAUGACAGAGUCACCUAACGUGCAGUUUUUUUUCGGCCCUAUCCACCUGUUAUUCAAUGUUUACUGACCAGGCAUAAGAGCAAAUACUUAGGUGCUAGGAAGAAGCGCUAGUCGACCUUUGUUGUUGAUACGUUAGCUUGGAGAUAAUAAUUGGCAGUCGGCUGCACGAAGGUCUGAAAAAUGUUCUUUUUCCUCAACAAUUUUGAUCUGCAUGUAAUAUUCCGCCUAGGUUGAGCGGGAUCGAAUUUUGACUCGAUAAUCAAUUUUUUGCUGAGUUUAGUCUCAGUUUUACAAAUUCCCAUCUUCAUCCUUGACCAGAA